AUGGCCUCCAACUCCGCCGCCGUCUUCGGCUCAACCGGCCUCGUCGGCUCCCACAUCCUCACCAACCUGCUCUCCACCGGCCCCUACACGCCCGUCCACACAAUCUCGCGCCGCGCGCCCAAGCCCUCAUCGCCGGCCCUCAACGCCGUCAUCGACGCCGACGUGUCCAAGUGGCCCGCCGCCCUGGCCGGCCUCUCGCCGCCGCCGCACGUCGCCUUCUCCGCCAUCGGCACCACGCGCGCGGCCGCCGGCGGCCUCGAGAACCAGUGGAAGAUUGACCACGACCUCAACGUCGACGUCGCCCGCGCCGCCAAGCAGGCCGGCGUCAAGACGUUCGUCUUCAUCUCCAGCGCCGGCUCCGACGGCGUUCUCGCCAACACGUUCCCCUACAGCAAGAUGAAGAAGGGCGUCGAGACGACCAUCAGGGAGCUCGACUUUGACCACGGCAUCGUCGUCCGCCCGGGGCUCAUCCUGGGCGAGCGCGAGCAGGGGCGCUUCCUCGAGGGCCUCGCCACCGUGGCCGUGCGCGGCCUGGGCUUCGUCGGGCUCAAGGACACGUUUGCGCAGGACGCCGAGGUGAUUGCCCGGGCGGCCAUCAAGGCCUCGCAGCUGGCGGACGAGGGCAAGGCGCCGAGCAAGUUUUGGGUGCUGAGCCCCAAGGACAUUAUCCGGCUUGGCCGGACGGAGUGGGAUCACAAGGAGGAGGUCAAGUGA